CCUGUGGCUUGGAAGGCAAUUAACUGCAAUCAACAUGUCCCUUGGUUUGGCAAUGACAAGUGAUCCCACAACACAGAACACUUUGGCUUGUGGUCCAACCAUACCUAAAGACUGCAAAACAAUCACCAUGUACAACGGUUUGUGCAUUGAGAUAAACCGGGAUAACAGCUUUAGACGUUCUUUCCCAUCUUCUACCGAAGAGUGUUCAACACAAGCUGACAUUGCAUUUCUGCUGGACGGCUCAGGGAGUGUGUAUUCUGAAGAUUUUAGAAGAAUGAAGACAUUUGUAAAAAAUCUAAUCAGUACAUUCCUGGGAAAAGAUACUAAAUUUGCCAUCACCCAGUUUUCCUCCGAAACUCAAACUCAUUAUUACUUCGACACAUUUAGCACUGCAGACUGGAAAAAACAAAUUGAUAACAUUGAUCAAAUGGCAAGAGGAACAUACACAGCUGCAGCCAUCCGAACUGUUGUGGCUGAUGUCUUCUCAAAGAACAGAGGUUCCAGAUCAAAGGUGAAGAAGAUUUUGAUUGUCAUUACUGAUGGAGAAUCUAGUGACAGCAGUGACUUUCCAGAAGCAAUAAAAUUAGCUAAUGACAAAAACAUUGUUCGAUUUGCUAUUGGGGUAGGGGAUGCAUUUUCAAGCCCUGAAGCCAAAGAAGAGCUCAGAACCAUUGCGUCGUAUCCCCCUGAAAACUUUACGUUUCACGUGGGAAGCUUUGACGCCCUUUACAAAAUACAAGAGAGUCUGCAAGAUAAAAUUUUUUCAAUUGAAGGAUCUCAAACGGAUGGCGAGACCCUGAAACUGGAAAUGUCUCAAGAGGGGUUCAGAGCAGCUUAUGUACCUGGGGGCAUUCAAAUGGCCAUUGUUGGUGCUAACCAAUGGAGAGGAGGCUACAAGAAAUAUUCACUUUCAAAUGCCAUAAAUCCUGGGUUUUAUGAGCCAAAGUUUAUAGAGUCUGACAGUUAUAUUGGUUAUUCCAUGGCUGUUGCUGAAACCACAUCUGGCACACUGACAGUUGUUGGUGCUCCGAGAUACAAACACAGAGGAGCUGUUAUCACGGUUUACAGAGAGGAUCGCCAAAAAGUAAUUGACCCGUAUCCACAGCAGUCUGGUGCAUAUUUUGGGGCAGAAGUUUGUGCCAUGGAUGUAAACUCCGACAGAUACACUGAUCUGAUCCUCAUAUCUGCUCCCAUGUACAAGAACCAAGACAGAGAGGGACGAGUUUAUGUUUGCACCUUAACUCGGCUGAAUGUGGAGUGUCACUUUGAUUCUCCAUCACAACUAACAGUACUACGAGGAGAUCCAUCAAACAAAGGGAGGUUUGGGUCUUCUCUUGCUGCUCUGCCUGAUCUAAAUGCAGAUGGAUUUAAUGAUUUAGCUGUUGGAGCUCCUUUGGAGAAAGAUGGGCAAGGCAGCAUUUAUAUAUUUCAUGGUGAAGGAGGCAGCAGAAUGAACCCAACCUACUCACAGAGAAUCGCUGCCUCUGAAGUCAAAUCAGGAUUGAAGUUCUUUGGUUUGUCAAUCAGUCAGUGGUCCUACGAUCAGAGUGGAGACACACUGCCUGACUUAGCCGUGGGUUCAAAGGGUACAGUUGUCUUACUCAGAUGCAGACCAGUAGUGAUGGUGGAUACCACUGUGUCCUUCAGCCCAAAUGAAAUCCCAACUCUAAAUGCAAACUGUGCAAUACCACUGGAAGGCACAGCAAAAAUCUGCUUCACUAUGAGAAGACUGUCUGGAAGAGAUUCAGUUCAAGGAAAAAUUAAUUAUACUUUAACUCUGGAUGCAACUCGUAAGACUCCAAAAAACAGAGCUUACAUCAGUAAGGAUACAAGAGACCAAACUGGAUCCAUUGUUGUUGAUUUGAAUGGACAAAAGUGCAGCAAUGUGAAAUUCUUCAUCAAGUCUUGUCCUGAAGAUGUGCUCAAUCCACUACAGAAUGAGCUCAGUUUAAUCUUUGCUGGUUCUCCUUCCAACACAAAUCUGAGACCAAGCCUCUCUCAGGACGCUCAAACAACAACCCGUCAUCCUAUUGGGUUUGAGAUCAGCUGUGGUGCUGACAUGGUGUGUACAGAUAACCUGAGAGUGGAUUUCAAUUUUACAAGCUCUUCGGUGGUUAAAGUUGGCAUCGAUGAGCUCCUGGAUGUGACUGUCUCAGUGGAGAACAGAGGGGAAAACUCUUACAACAGUCACGUCAUCCUUACAUAUCCUGUUGGGCUCUCCUACAGGAAGUUUACGUCUCUGCGUGGAAGAAUYGAGUGCAACUCCUUGGACAGUGAAGAUGGUGUCACAACAGGAAAAACAGACUGCACUGUUGACCAACCUAUUUUUAAAACCAACUCUACGGCAGUUUUCAUCAUCUCCUAUGGGUUCAAUCCCAGCAGACAACUUGACAGAUGGAUCUCUGUGACUGCAAACGCUACCAGUGGAAACCAGCAGCACUCCUCUGGAAGUGAACUCUACAAAAAGAGACAGAUUGAAGUAAAGUACAGCAUUUUUAUGACAAUGGAAAGCCCCAUCAGCUACAGUAAUUUCACAUUUGGAAAAUAUAAUCUACAGAAACCACUGCAGCAAUUAGUCAAGGUCACAAAUGACAUCAGAGCUCUGAAUUUUACUGUGAUGAUCAGAGUUCCUGUGAAGCUCGGUGACAAAGAAAUUUGGGUGGAUAUGAACAGUUUGCAGAUUUCAGAUUGUCAGAGAGACAAAGAUGAAAAACCUGCUGUCACAGAUUUUAUCGCACUGAUAAAGAAAAAUAAAAUUGUGGACUGCUCUGUAGCGUGGUGUGGAGUGUUCAGGUGCAGCACGUUCAUGGAAAGGUUAGAGGAGAAGUCAUAUAAAAUCUCUUCAAAUCUCAGCUCGGGAUGGAUAGAGCAGAUCGGCUUUUCAUCUGCCAAGUUUAUCCUGACCAGUACAGCCAGUUUAGAGUACGACAGAAACCAGUACAUCUUCUUCUCAACAGCCUCUAAUAACAUCCCUCCUGUUCGCAAGAUUGAGGCUGAAGUAGAUGUGAUUCCUGAACCAGAUUUCACCAAAGAGAUCGUAGGAGGAUCUCUGGGAGGGUUGGCUUUUCUUCUUCUACUCACUGCUGGGCUGUAUAAGGCUGGGUUUUUUAAGAGUAAAUACAAAGAUAUGAUUGGUGAAAGUGCAGGAGAAGAUAAUUCAGAUUCUUGAGGAGCUGCACCCAAGAGGAAUGAAAGUCAAAGUAAUUUCAGUCUUUUUUAAAUAUAUUAAGGAUAUAUGCAACAUUAGUCAACUAUUGAACACAAAUAACCACAAAAAAGUAAAAAAAUAAGAUUUUUUAAUACAUAAUUUUAAUGUUUUGUUAUUUGCAUUUCAUAAAAUUAACAGCAUAUACUUGAAAUAAUUUCUUUUGCUGUUCAUCACCUUUAUGAUAAGUUACCAACAGCUAAAAUAUAACCAGAAAUACCAUGUGUUGAAUACCAGCAAAAACAGUUUUCUGUUGAUUUGAAAUAAAGAUUAAAUUUUGAAACUGAAAUUUGGAUAUUUCCAGUAGUAUUGUUGCUAUAUGUCAAAAUAGUAAAAAAAAAAAAACAUGUUGCAAGUCAUUGUACUUUUAACAACUAUAGUAUAUAAAAAUGUGUUAUUUCAUGGGCUUUGAUAUAGCUUUUUAAAAGGUGACUAUAUGUUUCAUGUACAUUCUGAAUUGCAUAGCAAAAUUUUGACACAAAAUAAAGUUUAAUCUGAAUUUUUCCAAA